AUGAUUCCACGGAUGUUUGACGUUAUAAAAGAACCUCAAACGGUUCUGUCGGCUAUUGAUGGGUACCAAAACUGCCCUCUUUUGCCGUUGGACAUUGCAGUUAAACCUCUUAUUCAAUUCUUUGAAGAUGGAAGUCUUGAGCGUAAUGUUUGGAUUGUGAAAGAACGAUGUAAAAAUCCAUCGAAUAAUUUAACUGUUGAUGAGUCUGCAUCAAUUAUGUUAUACACAUUCAAUUGGGAUAUCAAUCAAAAGAGUCUUUAUUAUUUAUUAAAUGAAGCAUUACGAAUGGAAAAAAGAGAAAAACUUCAACCUUGGCAUAGUUAUUUAAAACUUCUUCUUACUGCUCUUUAUCGUCUUCCACCUAUAAAAGAAACAAUUUUCCGUGGUGUUAAACGUGAUAUAUCAUCACAAUACAUCGUAGGUCAACAUCAGUUCUGGUGGGGUUUAUCAUCAUGUACAGAUUCAACGGAUUUAUUGGAAACGACACAAUUUUGUGGAAAAGAAGGAGAGAGAACAAUAUUUUUAAUAAAAUGUAGUAGUGGACGUUCUAUAAAACAACAUUCAUUUUAUCAUGGUGAAAAAGAAAUUUUAUUAAUGCCUGGUUUUUACUUUCAAGUUCAAACUAAUAACGAUCUUGGAAAUGGUCUUCGUUUUAUUCAAAUAGUCGAACAAGAACCUCCACAUAUAAUGCUUCCAUUGCCUGAGAAACCUGGAAUUUUCAUUGAAGCUAUUUGUCGUAAUGAGACAUGUUCCAUCUAUAAUCGACAGAUACGAAUAUCAUUUGGAUGCCGCUCUCUCAAUGUUGUAGCAGAUCUUGAUGAAACAAAUUGUAAAUGUCCAUUAUGUUCUCGAUAUGUACAACCUGAAAAAUGCGGAGUAAUAAAUUGUUGGUGGCGUUGGUCAGGUAGAAAAAAAGAAAAACCAUCAAAACCACCUGUAAAUUGUUCAAAUGAUUGGAUCUAUGCAGACGGUCCAACUUACUUUCAACAGAAUGAUGAUGAAAAUUCGACAACCACAUGGCUACAAUUAUUUAUUGAAGCGAAAGAUAAAUCCUUGUGA